CAGUUUUUGCCCCUUUACUUCCAUUUUCCAGCAUCUCUUGCUAUAGGCGUAACAGCCGUGCUUUGCAGUAUAGCCGCUUUAUAAAGUACAGUAUCCUGAUAUACAUGAUGAGUAAAUUAGGAAUCUUCCUGUUUGCCUUCAGCAUGGUAGUGGCCUUGCUUGUAGUUAGCCUACCAGCAGGUACAAGGGCCAGUCCUAAUAUAGACGAGGCGGCUAACAUGGCCGAAGCACUGAGGUAUUUGGAACAGAUCGACAAAUAUUAUUCGCAGAUGGCAAGACCCAGGUAUGGACGCAGUGUUGGACUUCAUAAAAAAAGUCAGGUUACAUUACGUUCCAAGAAGCCAUCAGGUGAUCGUGAAAGGAGGUGAAAUUAUGACUGAAAAUGGACACUUCGAACUUCUGAGGAAGCUGUGAUCGUCACGGUUUUUGGCUCCUUCCCCACUCUCUCUCUCCUCCCCUUUCGAAACUUUCGCAGGAACUGCGAGGCAUCAAGAUUUCUUUUUUUAAUUCCCAUUCCUGCCAUCGAAUGCUCAUUUUAUCCUUUGUAUACAUUCAAAGCAUUAAUAAAAUCGCCGAUAAUCGUUUUGGACAGCA